AUGCUGCAGCAGCAGCGCCGCUGCAAGGCAGCAACGGGGGGGCUGCCGAACCCAGCAGCAGCAGCAGCAGCAGCAGCAGCAGCAACGGACAGCUCAGCAGCAGGGGCUUCAUUCUUCCCUGCCUUCCUUGAAGGCUCCGUCGUGCGGCCGGUGUUGCUGGGUGGGGAGAAUACGCCUCCUGCACAACAGUACAGCAGCAGCAGCAGCAGCAGCAGCAGCAGCAGGAGCUGCUGCUGCAGCAGCUGCUGCAGCAGCAACAGGGGUAGCACUAGUGAAGGCUGCAUGUGCGGUGGCAUGGCGUCUGCAGCAUACACCGCAGCAGGAGAGAGCCGGGGUGAAGAAGCCACAGCAGCAACAGCAGCAGCAUCAGCACCAGGAACAGCAGCAGCAGCAGCAGCAGCAGCAAAAUGUCUCCCGGAUAUAGCGUUAAGUGAUGUGGUUUGCAUGAAGCAGACCCUGAGGGCUUUAGCAGCACGCCGUGUGUAUGCAGCAGCAGCAGCAGCUGCUGCUGCUGCAGAUGCCCCUUUUAGUGAUUCAGCAGCAGCAGCAGCAGCAGAUUUUGGGGGGCGCCCGUCUUCUGCGCAAGCAACAGCAGGAAAGGCAGCAGCGGCAGCAGCAACAGCAGCAGCAGCAGACACUGCUCUAUUUGCGGCGCAGCGGCGUUCUCUGCUGCAGCAGCAGAUAAACCCAGGGCCUUUGCUGCUGCAGCAGCAGCAGCUGCAUGCAUGCGGCCGCGAGGGAGUAGCGGGAAUUCAGCUGUACGUACACCUCAAACGUGCUGCAGUGGUAGUUGGAGACACCGUAAUGAAGACAGUGCGCACUUCAAGCAACCCCGUUGCUGCUGUUCUAGCGCCUGCUGCUGCUGCUCCUGCUGCUGCUGCUGCAGCAACAGCAGCAGCAGCAGCAGGAUAUACUUUGCAGCAGCAAGGCGAGCCGCUGCGACUGUGGCUACUUGAAAGAAGAGGGGCUGCUCGCCACAGCGUCGUUGAGUGCUUCAGCCUCAGCAGCAACAGCAGCAGCAGCAGCAGCGCAGCAACAGCAGCAGCAGCAGCAGAGGGACGAAUUUCUGUCGACAUUCCUGCUGCUGCUGCACAAAUAUGGGUCAGUGCUGCUGCUGCAGGCGCUGCCUUCGUGCCGCCGCACUCAAACUCCUGGCUGCGACAGCAACAGCAGCAGCAGCAGCAGCAGCAGCAGCAGCAGCUAGCGCCAGAGGCUACUGUACCGCUGCUUUAUUCGAUAUCUACUCGUAGAGGGGGAACCCUCAGACCUGUGCGCUUCCGCUGCUGCAGCAGUUGUCUAUACGGCAGCAGCAACAGCAGCAGCAGCAGCAGCAGUUGUUGCAGCAGUUGCGGAAAUCCUGCUUCAUUUGUGACCUUUACUCAUGCUAGUGGCAGCAGCAGCAGCAGCAGCGGUAGUAGCAGCAGCAGCAGCAGCAGCAGCAGCAAGGCUGCGAUCGAGAUAUUAGGAAUGAUAGCGGAGCUGCCACUUGCUGUUGCGUUUGCUGCAGCAACGCAGCGUUUGCUGCUGCUGCUGCUGCUUCCUCUUGACGAAGAAGAAGGCUUACCGCUAAUGGAGCAGCAAACGCAGCAGCAGCAACACGCAGCAGGCGGAGAACUACUGCUGCAGACACCUAAGCAGCAGCAGCAGCACCAACGACAACACGAGCAGCAGCGGCAACAAGAGGAGCAGCAGCAGCAGCAGCAGCAGCAGGUAAGCUGCUCUGAGGAUUCUCCCCUGUAUGAGCUGCAGCAGAUCCGUUCCUUUGCAUGCGCAUCUGCAGCAGAAGGAGGAGCAGCGGGAGGCACUGCAGCAGGAUCAGCAGCAAGUGCUGCUGCUGCUGCAACGGCGGCAGCAGCAAGUGCUGCUGCUGCUGCUGCAGUGCCGCAAGCACUCCAGCAGCAGGGCUACCACGCGGUGUCUCCCCCUGCGCUGCUGCUGCUGCCUUGGGGGAGGCCUGCUGCUGUUGAGUCGCGGUUGCGUUUGCUGCUGCUGCUGGAGAAGCAGCAGCAAGUGCUGUUGCUGCCACUCCCUGCAUGCAGCACCUGCAGCAACAGCAACAGCAACAGCAGCAGCAGCAGCAGCGAGUGUCGCAUUAUUCCGAAUGCCCUGGCAUUCUGCUGCUUAAAGGAGACAGCAGCAGCCGCAGCAGCAGAAGCAGCCCUGCCUCUAACAGAUGCAGCAGCGCGUAGGGGACGCAUCGACGGCUGCGCGCUGCUGUCUGUCUCCCUGCCGCUGCAGCAGCAGCAGCAGCAGCAGGUGGAGGUGAGGGGGAAGAAACCCAAGGGAGGCUGCUGCUGCUGCUGCUUCCCGCUGCUGCAGCACGAGCUGCCUCGAUACAUGGUGGUUCUGCAUAUCGACGGGGCCUUGCGGCUGUACGCAGGUAAUUUGCUGCUGCAGCAGCUGCUGCUUAUUCACCCCGAAGGAAGUUUGCUGCAGCCUGCUGCUCCUGUGGCGAUCUCCACACCAGCAGCAAAUACCUUCACAGUCACGCUUCUUCUGCAGCGGCAGCAGCAGCAGCAGAAAGAGCAGCAGCAGCAGCAGCAGCAACAGCAGCAGCAACAGCAGCAGAUGGGACUUCUUAGAAGCUACCGCUGCAGCGUGAGGCUGCAGCACAGCAGCUGGCUGCUGCAGAGCUGCAUGCGGGUCCUCUUGGCGUUGCUGCAGCAGCCGGCAGCAGAAGUGCUGCUUGCUGCUGUCUUCCGUCUCUGUCAGUCGCCUGCCUGCCUUGCGCAGCAGCAGCAGCAGCAGCAGCAGCAGCAGCAACAGCAGCUUGCUGCAGCGGGAAUAGAAGAAUCCCUGGAUGCCGCCUCGCUUGAGUGGAGCGCCUUUUGUCGGCUGCUUUGUUUUGAGGCUUUCUCCCCCUGCAGCAGCAGCAGCAGCAGCAGCAAGUGCAGCAACAGUAGCUGCAGCAGCGGCUGCAGCAGCGGCUGCAGCAGCAACGGCAACAUCGAGCACUUUGCGGUUGCUGCAGCAGCUGCUGACCUGCUACAGCUCCAUGCUGCAGGGCUAUCACAAGAAGAGAAUGUGCUGCCCAGACAGCAGCAGCAGCAGCAGCAGCAGCAGCCCCUGUCCAAAGCAGCGGUAGGGCCAGAAGCAGCAGCAGCAGCAGCCGCAGCAGCAGCAGAUGCUGCAGCGUCUCCUGCGAAGCGUUUGAGAAGGUCGUCAUUGUCGCAGCAACAACACGGAGACAGCUGCAGCAGCAGCAAGCCCUUCUUUGCUGCUUCUAGCUCUAACGAUUAUAGUUUAGGGGAUAAGGCAGCAAACGCAACAAAAUUGGCAGCAAGUGCAGCAGAAGCAGCAAGUGCAGCAGAAGCAGCAAGUGCAGCAGAAGCUAAAACUGCAGCAGCAACUGCAGCAGCAUUGCGAAGUCUUGACGAUGAAGGCCUGGGGCCGCUCGCCUCCAUUAUCUGCAGCACGCAGGAGAUACUCCAGCAGCAGCAGCAGCAGCAAGCGCAGCAGCAACAGAGGCAGCAGCAGCAGCAGCAGCAGCAGCAGCAAGACAACGAAACAGCCUUCAUUGCACAUGCUGCUCCAGAAGCCCUUCGUUCUGCGCUGCAGUUCCCAUCUGCAGCAACAGCAGCAGAAGCAGCAGCAACAGCAGCAACAACAGGAGCGGCUUCUGCUGCUGCUGCUGAUGGUGUUUGCUGCUGCAGCGAGAGCGAACUCCCUGUGCUGGGGCUGCGGCAGCAGCUGCCCUGCAUUUUUCUGGUGCUGCAUUUGCUGCUAGAAGAUUUGCUGCUGCGGGAGGUGUCUGCUGACCUCGGAGUGCAUCGGCUUGUGCUGCUGCUGCAUGCGCUUGCAGGUUUGCUGCAGCUGCCUCUCUUCGCCAGCUAUUACCAGUGCUGCUUCGCGUCCACGUUGCAGCAACACAGCAGCAGCAGCAACAACAACAACAGAUACAGCAGCAGCAGCAACAGCGUGAGCUGCAGCAAAAGACAAGGCUGCUGCAGCGCACGUUGUAAGGUGCUGCGGCGCCGCUAUGCAGCAGCAGCAGCUGCUGCUGCUGUCGGGCAACUGCAGCAGGGUGUUGUUGAUGCUGCUGCUGCUGCUUGCCGCUGCAGCAGCUGCGAGCCACCCCUCUUGUUGUGGCUGAGGCAGCUGCAGCAAGUACCUUCGUGCAUUGACUUGCUGCAGCAGCUUGCAGGAAGGCGCCCUGCGCAGCAGCAGCAGCAGCAGCAGCAGCAGGGCUCCGCUGCUGCUGCAGCGCUGCAGCGGCUCACCAGGAAGCACGCAGCCCUGCUCGACAGCAGCAGCAGCAGCAGCAGCAGCAGCAGCAGCAGCAGCAGCAGCAGCAGCGCCCUUGGGACCGACCACCCCGUGCAGCAGGCGAUGGCCGUCGACACUCCGCAGCAGCAGCAGCAACAGCAGCAGCGCACAGUUGUAUACCCUUCGCUGCUGCUGCCCCUAACGCGUUUUGCUGCUGCUGCUGUUGCUGCUGCUUUUGGCGGCGAAGUGCAGCAGCUCUUCCCUGAUACAAUCACUCCUCAGGGACCGCAGAGCUGUGUCUCUUCUCUGCAGCAGCAAGAGCAGCAGCAGCAGCAAGAGCAGCAGCAGCAGCAGCAAGAGGGUCCGCUAUGGAAGGUGCUGAAGCUCAGCAGCGAAGCAGGCCUAGACAACGACUUGCUGCAGCAACUAGCGCUGCCGCUGCGGUUGUGGCUGUGUGAGGUGUACAGACAGCUCGGACCCUCAGAAGACUUGCUGCAGCGGGGGCUGCAGCAGCAGCAGCUGCUGCUGCUACGCAGGCCAGAUGUUGCUGCUAACCGCAUGCUGUUGCGCUCUUUGCAGCGGCGAGGCGCCAUCGCAUGCAGCAGCAGCAGCAGCAGCAGCAGCACUAACGAGACCGGGGAUACCGCAGCAGGAGAGGUGCUGGCGCGGCUUGUGCUUACCUCAGGAUACAGAGACAGAUCUGCUGCUGCUGCUGCUGCUAAGAAUCGUGGCAGCAGCAGCAGCAGCUCUAACGGGGGUCUCCCUUCCCUGCAGCAGCAGCAGGAAGAGCAGGAGUGCAGCAGCAGCAGCAGCAGCAGUAGCAGCAUGAAGGAGCUGGCGAAGCGUUUGCUGAACCCUUCUUCCCCGUGCAGCGCUCGCGUGCUGCUUGAGUCUCCUGCUGCUGCUGCUGCUGCGCUUCCGGAGGAGCUGCUGCGGCUGCGGCAGCAGCAAGCGCUGCAGCGGCGGCUGUCGCUGCCUCUCGGUUGGGGGGCCCUCAGGCUGGGGCUGCAGGACCCUGAGGUGUAUAUACACUCCACGCUGUCGAUCUCUCCGCUUGAGCUGCGCUGCCAGAUCGUCACUGUUGCCCCGCUGCAGCAGCAGCAGCAGCAGUUGCUGCUGCUGCGGAGACAGCAGCAGCAGCAGCCGGCAGACUUCACUUGGGACCCCCUAGAUGAGGAGACACUUCCGUUGCAGUUUGCUCCAGAGACAUUCUAUGCUGCAUGCGCCGCACCGGCUGCUGCUGCUGCGCGAGCUACUCCAGCAGCAGCAGCAGCAGCAGCAGCAGCAGGGCGCCCGAGCGCAGGCCGUUACGUUUACGUGCACUCCCCACAGGCGCAGCAGCAGCGGUCUUCUCGCAUGCAAAUAGCAGCAGAAAGCCUUGCUUGGCCAGCCUUCAGCAGCGCAUGUGCUGCUGCUCUUGCUGUGGGGCCCCACAGGUUGAGAGGAGCAGCAGCAAGACGAACGCGCUGCAUCUGGGGGAUCAGCAGCAGCAACAGCAGCAGCAGCAGUGGCAGCAGUGGCUGCUGCUGCCGCACAAGGGCGGGCUCUUCCGCUGGUGCCCUGGAGACGCAGCAGCAGCAGCAGCAACAACAACAACAGCAGCAGGAGGAAGGCCGCGGCUUAUUCUGGAGCUGGCUGCAGCAGCAGCAAGAGAUAGUGUCUCCUUCUGAGUUUGGGGGGCUCUGCCUUGGGCUGUCUCUUCAGGGACAGCUGCAGCAGCUGCAUGCAGCAGAGUGGGUUCAAUUGCUGCAGGGGGCCCCAGCAGGCAGCAGCACGCUGCUGACGGGGCUGCUGCUUGCUGCUUGCUGCAGCAAGAUCGGCAGCUGCAGCACGAGCCUCCGUCGCCUCUGUCUCCUCCACCUGUGCCCUGCUCCUUUAGUCUCUGCUGCUGUCUUCAGCAGCAGCAGCAGCAGCAGCAGCAGCAGGGGACCAGCAGAGGCUGCAGCACUUGUGGGGCUCGGGUUGCUGCACUUCGGCUCUGCAGAUUCAUCUGUCACCACGACGUUGCUGCAGCACCUGCUGCGGCCCCCCUGGCUGCUGCAGCAGCAACAACAGCAACAGCAACAGCAACAGCAGCAGCAGCAGCAGCUGCACCUGCACCUGCAAGAGAGACACGCCUACGCCUUCAGUGCUGCCUGGGCAUUGGGAGCUGUCUGGGCCGGUCGCCUAACGCCCAGCAGCAGCAGCAGCAACAGCAGCAACAGCAGCAGCAGCAGGAGGGAGGACGUGAAGGGCUGGAGAGAAGAGCUGCUGCUGGUAGCAAACCUGACGACGCCUUGGCCUUGGGGAGGCAGGGCGGGUGCAUGCAACAGCAGCAGCAGCUGCAGCAGCAGCAGGAGCGUAUCUGAGGAGGAGACGCCUUUGCAACGUUGUCUGUCUCUGGUGACAGCAGCAGCAGCAGCAGCAGCAACAGCAGCAGCAGGAGAAGGAGGAGCUGCAAGGGGGCCCCACCAGCCUCUGGUAUUAGGCGAAGAACAUGCGCGCUUGCUGCUGUCUCCUUGGGGGUGUAGACAGCUGAAGGGACAGCAGCAGCUGGGCCCCAGCAGCAGCAGCAGCAGCAGCAGCAGCAGCAGCAACGCGCAUGCAGGGGGUGUAGAUGCUUGUCUGUUGGGGGCCCCUGCAGCACUUGCUCUGGGCCUAAGCCACCUGGCUAGCGGAGAUGAAGAGACAGCGCAGCUGCUGCUGCUGCCUCAGACACCGCAGCAAAUUGAAGAAUGUCUGCCCUACACUGUAACGCAUAAGGUGCUGGCCCGUUGUUUGAUUCGGCUGCACUUUAUAAGGCCCUCGCACUUGUGGGUUGUCCAGCAGCUGCCCCCAAUCCUCAGAGUACUCCCCAGUGACGGCCCUCUCCCUGCUGCUGCUGCUGCUGCUGCUGCUGCUGCAGGGACAGCAGCAGCAGCAGCAGCAGCAGCAGCAGCAGCAGCAGCAGCAGCAGAUGGGGCUGUAACAGCUCCCUGCAUGCCCUACGCCCACCUCGUCAACCCCCAGAACGGAUUGCUGCUGCCUCGUGGGGAGCGUCUCCGCAGCAGCAGCAGCAACAACAACAACAGCAGCAGCAACAACAACAGCAGCAAUGUAAAUUUGUACAAGGCCAGCCUGCUGCGAGCACACUGCAUCGGCGCGCUGCUGUGGGGCAUCGGGCUGCGGUUUGCUGGCAGCAACGACCCUGCUGCUUUGCUGCUGCUGCUGCAGUACUACGCUACCUUUGCAUGCAUGCAUGUUGCUGCAGCAGAGCCUAGCCCUCUCCAAGAGGAGGUGCAGCAGCAGCAGCAGCGACAGCAGCCGCUUGUUUGGGUCCCCUCCCUGCCUAUCCGGUGUCCCCAGCUGCAGCAGCAAGUAGGCCUUGAUGCUGCUGCUGCUGCAGCAGUGCUGCGCUGCUGCUGCUGUGCACUUGCAUGCGUUGCUGCAGGGACAGGAAGAAAAGAUGUCUUCGCUGUGCUGCUGCGGGAGAGACACCGCCUCAGCAGCGGCAGCAGCAGCAGCAGCAGCAGCAACUUGAAGGGGUACGCAGAGCAGCUGUUGCUGCACCACUGUGUGGGGUUGCUGUUCAUGGGAGGCUGCCGGUGGUCUCUGCAGCGCAGCAGCAACCUUGCUGUUGCUGCUUUGCUGCUGUCGCUGCAGCCUCUUGCUGCUGCAGCCCCCACAGACAGCUGCGGCAGUUUGCUGCUGCAGCAAGCAGAGCGACAUCUCUACGUCUUAGCAGCAGAGCCUCGACAUCUAAGAGCAGCAGAAAUCAACACAGGUAUAUCUGUCUCUCUCCCAGUAGAGCUGCUGCUGCGGCGGGACCGCCCUGCUGCUGCUGCUGCUGGUGCUGCAGCAGCAGCAGCAGCAGCGAGCUGCACUCGGGUGUACGUACGCCGCCUCUGGCUGCCUGCUGUGCUUCCUGAAGCAGCUUCUAUCUUAGGGCUGCGGGUAGCUAGCGCUAAGUACUGGCCCCUAGCGAUUAGCAGCUGCAGCAGCAGCAGCAGCAGCAACAGCACGUGCUGCUGCUGCUGCUGCUGCAGCUGCCAGGUAGAAAGCCUCCUUGCAGGGGGGCUGCUGCUUGUUAAGAGAAGGGCUGUUGCUUUGCUGCAGUCGCCUAUCCCUUUCCGCUGCAUGCAGCAGCAGCAACAACAGCAGCAGCAACAGCAGCAACAGCACCUUGCGUUGCAGCUGCAGCAGCUGCUCGCAAGCAAGGAGUCCCCUCAGGAAAUGCUGCUGCAGCUGCUGCACCUGGCUUGUGCAGCAGAAGGAUGUACAUUGGAGGGGCUGCAGCAGCAGGUUAUGCUUGCGUCCAGCGUCAAUCGGCCUGCUGCUGCUGCUGCUGCUGCUGCACCGUUGUGGGGUGCUGCUGCUGCAGAGCCGUGGGCAGCAACGCUGCAGCAGCUGCUGCCGCAUGCAGCAGACCAAAACAUUGGAGUGGGUUCCUUUCGCGGGGACGGGCUGCUGCUGUUGCUGCUGCUGCACCACUUGCAGCAGCAGCAACAGCAGCAACAGCAACAGCAGCUGCAGUCCACUGGGUUGCAGAGUUUGUUGCAGCUGCACACCGGCAUCUCCCCCGCAGCAGCUGCUACAGCAGCUGCUGCAGUAACUGCUGCAGCAGCAACUCCUGAAGCAGAGCAGCAACUUGCUGCUGCUGCGCGUUGCCUGUGGUCCCAAGACGGCGCCGCCCCAGCAGCAGCAGCAGCAGCAGCAGCAGAGUUGCUGCCGCUUCAAGAGUGCGCUGUUGAGGACAAGCUGUACGCGUGGCCGUUGUUGCAGCACUUUUCAGCGUUUGCAGCAGCAGCAGCAGCAGCAGCAGCAACAGGAGGAGCAGCAGCAGGAAGCUUUCGCCCCGACCCGCUGCAACUGCGGGGCCUGCGGCUGCUGCUGCUGCUGUCGUCUCCUCUCUCCUCCAACCGAGCCACCCCUGCAAGCAGCAGCAGCAGCAGCAGCAGCAGAGACCUGAUGAAGCCUUUGGUGUCGCGUUCGUUGCUGCUGCGCUGCAGCAGCAGCACAGCCACAGCGCUGCGGCGCUCGGAGGCGGGGCGAUGCGCCUUCCUCUCUUUUUUCGCUGGCUGCCUGCAUGCAGCAGCAGCAGCAGCAGCAGCAGCAGCAGAUGGUGCUGCUGCUGCUGAGGAGGAGGAUUUCAAGGGCCCUGUAGAGAGGCAAGCCCACCAGUUGCUGCUGCUGCUGCAUGCAGACUCGCCGCAGCAGCAAAAUCUGCUCACUGCAGCAGCAGCAGCAAUGAGGCAGUGUGCGGCCAGAAGAGUGCAGCAGCAGCAGCAGCAGCAGCAUGCCUUAGGCGAUGAACUUUGCUGCUGCAGCAAGGUUCAGGUGCAGCAGCAGCAGCAGCAGCAGCAGGAAGCAGCAAGCGCGCUCUAUCUGCUCUUUCAUGGUUUGCCGCUGCUGCCUCAGUGGGUAGGGCUUAUAACCCGUGAGGUGCCCCUGCUGCUGCAGCUGCUGCUGCAGCAGCAGCAGCAACAGCAGCAGCAACAGCAACAACAACAACAGCAGCAAGUGCUCAGUGCAGAAGUUGCUGCUGCACAAACCCGUGUUGCUGUUGCUGCUGCUCCUAAUGCAUCACCAGAGGGGCAGCAGCUGCUACGUACCGCACUUCACCACUUUUGCUGCACCUUGCUGCUGCUACUGCAGCAGCAGCAGCAGCAGCAGCAACACUAA